AGGAGGAUAGAAGAUGCUGCGUUUAGAGUUUCAGAGAUAGGACACAAUACCCAGAGACAAAAGCUUCUUCCAAAGAGAGAGAUACUGUUAGUAAAUGGUAACUACUUCCAUUCUGUCUUCCCUCAUUUCUCCCACCUUAAAGCCCUCACCAGUUUAACCCCAUUGCACUAAUACUCCCUCCUCUGUUGCACACAGGUGUACAGUACACAGAAUCGCCCAUAAGCACCAGCACGCUAGGGCUGGGGUGGAGAGGGGCCUAAUCUCGUUGCCUCAGUUCAAAUCCUCAGCUCCAGUGUCUGGCCAGCCGAGGUGGGAGGAGCACAGGAAGUGGUUACCCUCUGGCUUCUCCUCCCACAGAAGCCCUGCCCCCUCACACUUGGACAGUGAAAAGACUGGCUUGCUUUCUCCUUCUAGUUCGGUCCUUUGGCUAAUAGGAAAACCACGCAGAAGCUAUGGACUUGCUUUUUUGUGCUUGAGAAAAGUGCAUAGAUAGAAGACAGGGCUUCCCGGCUGGGAGGAGGGAGGAGAGCUGAAGAUUCCUGCCUGGGUUGGCUGAGCUAAGCAGUCCAAGUGGGAAGCUGAGUGCUUGAAAGAGGAUUAUGCCCGCACUAGAAAUAAGCAGUAAGUGAGUGAAUGCCAUUAUGACUUAGAAAAGGAUUAAUCCCCCCGGGGUUAUGGGGUGAACUGGGAAAUAUUGCUUGAUUCUAGAGGAAAACUGUAAGGCUUCUUGCUCUGUGUCUGUCUGUGCUACUUGGAGACGAGGGGCUUCGAGUACAAAACAAGAGCUCUAAAUAGUUCUCCCAGUCUUGGAAAAUGCCAACUUCUGUUUAGAAUAGUUGGGAACAAAAGUCUCCUUCCCUGACCUAACCCCUUACCCAGAAAAUUCACAGCUGAACUGGAUCAGGAGUUGCACUUAAAUUGGAGUCACUGAUUUGGGCAUUGGCAGAUAUUGUAAUAUUAAAUUAUGUUCUGUGAGUGCUGACAUAUCUAUUAGUAAUGAUGUUCAAGGAAGUCUGAAGUGGGGGAUUAAAAAGAGAAAAAUCAGAGCUUUUAUGACAAGAAGACUGAGUAGCACAUAUGCAUGGGGUUAAAUACAAAAGUUAUAUAAUUAGUAAUAGAUUUUUUUUAAAUAUUAUAUAGGUACAGAAUUUAGGAAGACUGAAAGGGCAUAGACAAAAAUUAGAAAAAGAAAUUUUCACUUCAGUACUUUCUGUGGCAGCCAAAAAAAUUUCAGAGUGUUUACAAAGUCAAAACAAUGAUUCAGGAAUACUUCAAUUAUUGUUGUACAUUAUUAAUACUGUUGCUGGGCAAGAUCUGUGGUUAUCUGGUCAGCAAGUUCUGGCAAUAAAGCCACUGCCGCCGGUGCAAAGAAUUCUGGGAUGUCUGACAGUGAAAUGGAUGGAAGGACUCACAUUCCAUCUCUGCUUAAUGUCCUUUUGUCCAGAAAUCGAGUCAUGCAAAUGAGCUACUUGAAAAGUAAAGAACAAGGAUAUGGAAAGCUAAGCAGUGAUGAAGACCUCGAAAUAAUUGUUGAUCAAAAACAGGGAAAAGGCUCUAGGGCGGCAGAUAAGGCUGUUGCCAUGGUGAUGAAGGAGAUACCGAGGGAGGAGUCUGCUGAAGAAAAGCCCCUCCUUACUAUGACAUCACAGCUGGUGAAUGAGCAACAAGAGAGCAGACCCCUCCUGAGCCCCUCCAUCGAUGACUUUCUGUGUGAAACCAAAUCGGAGGCAAUAGCAAGACCAGUAACGUCCAAUACAGCCGUAUUGACCACAGGCUUAGAUCUCCUUGACCUGAGUGAACCAGUCUCUCAAACCCAAACCAAAGGCAAGAAGUCAGAGCCUUCAUCAAAAACUUCAUCCCUCAAGAAAAAGGCUGACGGACCCGACCUCAUCAGUGCAGAUGCUGAGCAAAGAGGCCAACCUCUCCGAGCUCCCGAGACGUCAUCCUUAGAUUUAGCAGACAUUCAAACUCAACUGGAAAAGUGGGAUGAUGUGAAGUUUCAUGGAGAUCGAAAUAGCAAGGGUCAUCCAAUGGCAGAGAGAAAGUCAUGCUCAUCCAGAACUGGAUCAAAAGAACUCUUAUGGUCCUCAGAGCACAGAUCUCAGCCAGAACUGAGUGGUGGGAAAAGUGCCCUCAACUCAGACUCAGCUUCAGAGUUGGAAUUAGUGGCUCCAACCCAGGCUCGACUGACAAAAGAACAUCGCUGGGGAAGUGCAUUACUUUCUAGAAACCACUCCUUGGAAGAGGAAUUCGAAAGGGCAAAAGCAGCAGUGGAGUCAGAUACAGAGUUUUGGGAUAAGAUGCAAGCAGAAUGGGAAGAAAUGGCCAGGAGAAACUGGAUAUCUGAGAACCAAGAAUCCCAGACUCAAGUGACAAUCUCAGCCAGUGAGAAGGGAUAUUACUUUCACACUGAGAACCCCUUCAAGGACUGGCCGGGAGCUUUUGAAGAAGGUCUGAAGAGACUAAAGGAAGGAGACCUGCCAGUCACCAUCCUGUUCAUGGAGGCAGCAAUUCUGCAGGACCCUGGAGAUGCUGAGGCAUGGCAGUUCCUGGGGAUAACCCAAGCAGAGAAUGAAAAUGAACAAGCAGCCAUUGUCGCCCUCCAGAGGUGCUUGGAAUUACAGCCUAACAAUUUGAAAGCGCUGAUGGCUCUGGCUGUGAGUUACACCAACACUGGCCAUCAGCAGGAUGCUUGUGACGCUCUCAAGAACUGGAUUAAGCAAAAUCCAAAGUACAAAUACCUUGUGAAGAGCAAGAAAGGAUCUCCGGGUCUCACCCGACGGUUGUCCAAGUCCCCGGUUGAUAGCUCCGUUCUGGAAGGAGUGAAAGAACUGUAUCUGGAAGCUGCCCACCAAAAUGGAGAUAUGAUCGACCCUGAUCUACAGACAGGGCUGGGGGUUCUGUUCCACUUGAGUGGAGAAUUUAAUAGAGCAAUUGAUGCAUUUAACGCUGCCUUAACUGUUCGGCCAGAGGACUAUUCAUUAUGGAACCGUCUCGGGGCGACCUUGGCCAAUGGAGACCGCAGCGAGGAAGCGGUGGAGGCCUACACGAGAGCAUUGGAGAUUCAGCCAGGCUUCAUCCGGUCCAGAUACAACCUGGGAAUCAGCUGCAUCAACCUGGGAGCCUACAGAGAAGCGGUCAGCAACUUUCUCACCGCCCUCAGUUUGCAAAGAAAGAGCAGGAAUCAACAGCAAGUUCCUCAUCCUGCAAUCUCCGGGAAUAUCUGGGCUGCCCUCAGAAUCGCACUGUCUCUGAUGGACCAACCGGAACUCUUCCAGGCGGCUAAUCUUGGUGACCUGGAUGUCCUCCUAAGAGCUUUCAACUUGGAUCCUUGAAGGAGAAGAAACAAAUAAAAAAUAAUAAUCCCUCUUCUGUGUAACUGUACUGAGAAGUUAAAAAUUAUUUUAUUAAGAAUUUCAAAAAGGAUAAAUCAGAUAUUCAAAAGGCCAAGGUCAUAUAACCCAAGGGGAUUAAUUCCUACAGACAAUGCCGAGUCUCUGUUCAGACCCAAAAGCACAAAAUGUUGUAUGUAGAGUUGAGGUCAGGUUCAAAAGAAGAAUUGAGAGACUCGCGAAUACUCGUCACAAGUGGCAAGCAUUUUGCAAAACCGUUCAUUGGGUGUUUUGUCCACAGUUGCAGCUGAUGACUUAUCUGAGGAACUUGCUCUCAGAACACAUGGAAUAAGCAUUGCCUCAGAUUAGGGAAUCCUGGCUGUUUCAGAACUAUUCCCUGAAACCCCCUUUUGCAAGACUGAACAUAGUUUGGGCCAUUGGUGCAUGCACAUAUAUUAACUCUUGACUAAAGACAGGCAUUGCUUAAACCUUUUCCAAUUUUAACUUUUCUGUAGCCCUUUGAUUCCAGAGAGAGAGAGAGAAAGAGAAAGCUUUGCUGGCAAAAGCAGUUUUUGCACUAGAAAUUUUUGCUGUUCCCAUUCAAAACUUUUCUGGGAGUGUAUAUAUGCACUUUAAUAUCUUAUGUAUGCCUUGCUGGAGUUUUGUUUUGUUGCUCCAAUUUUUACCUUGGGGGUGAAAGAUUUGAGAAUUCAACCUUGUUAGAUCAAUGGACCAAAUAAAAAUUCCUGAAAUCGUUUUUCAUAGUGUAGGGUUUUGAAAGAGUGUUUUCUUAAAACUGGUAUGACACAGGGUGUAUAUACAUUUAAAACAGAUCUUCUUAUGCACAUGCUUUCUGGGACUCUAUGAACUUAAGUUAGAAACAAGGUACUGUCUGUCUUGCCGGGAGAAAGUUUGAAGAGACCAUGAUUUCGGUUGAGUUUGCAUUAACUUGCUUAAGCGUCAUAUUUUACUGGCUUUCUAACUGCCCUGCACAACAAUAUUCCUUUUAAACUGUUAAUAUUUUAAAUGAUGUUUCUUAAAAGUGAUAAAUACAUUUUCCUAAAAAUUAUGUGUUUUCUUAGCACCAUAAUAAUCUGCACUGUUCACCUUCUUGCAUUCUAAGUGAUAGAAGAUUAACAUUUUCUAACUGAAUCUCGUUGAAUGCCAGUGGUUUAAUAGGAAAGAUGCAUGCCCAUUUGGGUCUUAUUAUCUUGAACAUUUAGCAAGUAUCAGGAAUUUUCUGUUGGCAGUGGUGUUUUGUUUCAUUAGCAACCUUUCACUUAUUUUUUUUCAGAAUGCUGUGUGUAUUUGGGGCUUAAUGAUGUUGAAAGAUACAUUUUUUAAAGAAUUAGAAAAAAUUGUUUGCAAAAUGCUAACCAAAUUUCACCAGUGUUUGUUCUCAUUUCCUGCCUUGUCUCCUUCCUUGUUCCAGAACCUUCCACAGAGUAGUCUAGUCCCAACUUUUUCAUCAUGUUCUUUGGUUAAUAGUUGCUCAUUUCACUAAUGGUCAUAAUUAUGUGUGCACACACACAGAAUCUGAUCAUAGCAGUUUGGAGAAUUAGCUUCUACUAAGGGUGAAAUAUGCACACGUGCUGAGAAACUGAAUGUUAAGUGCAGGUAUAAAUCCCCUCCUCUGCUGCUUUGAAGUCUCCAGGUCGUGAAGAGCUUCAAGUUAACAUAAAACCACAAGUCCUUGAGGCUUCUAUAUAUUAUAACAGACUCUAAUUUGUAAAGAUAAAGAGUUGAGGCCCUGUAAAUGGUGGGUACCAGGUUGAUACUCAUUGUGAACGCUCACAGGGGCAAGGUGACGGCCCCAGGUGAGCAGCAGAGAGCAGUCGCUAAGCAUUCAUCAUGGGGCAAGGGCAGCCAUCCAGGCUGGGCCCACAGAUCCCUUAGAUGCAAAGUAAGGCUCAACAAUAUUUUCAAGAAUGGUGUCUUUCACAUUUUAGAAUUCUAGAAACCCAGACUGAGAAGGUCUUCCGGGGCCAGCCUCGAGGCCACAAUAGCUGACUGUUACUCCUGGUAGAUCAGAAUCCCAUCUCUGCCUGCCUCUGUUCUUCACAGCCUUUGUGUUUUUCCUGACUGGCCAGUUAGUUGACUUGAAUCUAGUCCAUUAGGAACCUCUGAACAAAUGACUCAAAGGAGCCUACAGGUAUCCUCUGUGUGACGUCAUUCUAUGCCUCCAGCAGCAACUGGAUUUGCAGUAAUGACAACAAGACGUUGUGUUGGCCUUGCUGGUACCACAUACAUGAGGUCAGUAACAGUUUAAAGUCUGAAUGUAGUGUAAAUAAGAAAUAGCUUGGUUUAACUUGGUUGCUGCUAAGUAAAAACCAGUACUAAAAAGUGAGGCAAAGUUUAUAGAAAUACAGCACCAUCAAAGAUUAGGUAGCAAAACUUAGGACAGUAUUUAUUGUGAACAGCACGUACAUCUUUUUUAAAAGUGUAGACACAUUUUUAAGGCAGAAUUGCUUUGUGCAUCUCAUCUUCAUGGCAUGAAAUUGUCAUUUAAUUUGCUCUUACCAUUUGAAAGGGAAGCUGUCCUUGGUUCCCUUAGCAGGAACUCUGGGCAUGCUUUGAGUUCCUUUGUGUGUGUGUGUGUGUGUGUGUGUAUAAUGAAUAAGAGCCUAAGCUUUUAGAGGGUGGUAGUCUUGUACUAGAAGAGCCAUGCAGUUGCUUAGAAAAUGCAGAGAAACCCAGGGAUCAUUGCUGAAUUUUCAAAGUACAACCAUUUCUGUGCUGCUAAGGAGGAGGAGGGCUAGAGUAGAGGAAGAGAAGUAAAGGACCCUCUUCCUGAGCCAAUUAUAUUGGUUACUCCUUCCUGGACCUCCUUCCAAGGUCAUUGUCCUUGAUCUGAAAGGCAGAUCUUGUCUACAAGGCAACUUUACUAGAAACUAUGAACUGUGCUUUCCUAGCCAAUCUGGAUUCCCAUCAGAAUAGCAAAUUAGUGAUACCCAACCAGGUAGGAAUGUCCAGAACACAUUCACUUUCAACAUUUUAUGCCUCGUUCUUCAUUCUUUUAUUUGAAGAGAGCUAUUAUGUCGAGUCUUGGGACUAAAGACUUGUAGGGAUAAGUCAUAACAGCAAGACUUGAACACAAUUAUCGCCAGUCCCAUGUAGGACAAGCAUCCCAAACUUUUUACCAUAACUGUCUGCAAGCUCAUUGGGAAUAUUGGUGCCCCUUCUCCAUUUGCCCCUGAAUCUGUUUCAUAAGACUGGACUGUAUUUUAAGUUAGAUGUCACAGUAAUGGUUAUUAUUUUAUACCGUGAAACACUUCUAAAAGCAAUCUAGAACAGGGUAUUUGGAGUUGGAGGGUGUGAUUCAUGUGCCAU